AUGCUAUGGGCGGGGUUGCGGAGGGGCCGGACUGGAGACGGGGCGGGCUGGAGGCGGUACGCUCCGGCCGGGCUGGACUUGGGGCCGAGCCUGGCAGCCGGGCGGCAGUUCCGUGGUGUCUGUUCCGCAGGUGCAGCGCGGCUGCCUGCAGCGCGGCUGCCUGAGCAGCGACGGCUCCACGUCGUUGGGAGGAGGAGCAGAAAGAUAGCCUGCGGCUGAAAGGACCGGCCGGGCGCUGUCUUUGCGCGGGGACCGUGGCCUUGCUCCCUUGACCGCCGCCGCCCGCCUGCAGUGCCCUCCAGUCCCCGCGGGGCCGGGGCCAUGUCGGGGCCAGGGCCGGGCCCGGGGGAGCCGGACGAACAGUACGAUUUCCUGUUCAAGCUGGUGCUGGUGGGAGACGCGAGCGUGGGCAAGACGUGCGUGGUGCAGCGCUUCAAGACGGGCAGUUUCUCGGAGCGCCAGGGCAGCACCAUCGGUGUGGAUUUCACCAUGAAGACGCUGGAGAUUCAGGGAAAGCGGGUCAAGCUUCAAAUCUGGGACACUGCUGGCCAGGAGCGUUUCCGCACCAUCACGCAGAGUUAUUACCGAAGCGCCAAUGGAGCCAUCCUUGCCUAUGACAUCACCAAAAAGAGCUCAUUCCUCUCUGUGCCUCACUGGAUCGAGGAUGUCAGAAAGUAUGCAGGCUCCAACAUAGUCCAGCUGCUGAUUGGGAACAAGUCAGAUCUAAGUGACCUUCGAGAAGUUCAGCUGACCGAAGCUCAGAGCCUGGCCGAGCACUACGAGAUCCUCUGUGCCAUCGAGACGUCUGCCAAGGACUCCAGCAAUGUGGAGGAAGCCUUUGUGAAGGUGGCCACCGAGCUCAUGAUGAGGCACGGGGGGCCUGUGUUUAGUGAGAAGAACACAGACAACAUUAAACUUGACAGCAAGGACGUGGUGGAAGGCUGGGGCUGUGGGUGCUGAUGGCGGUGGGGCCAGGAAUGAUAGACAGUGCUGAUACUGUAGUUUCCUUUGACUUAAUGCUAAGUAGUAUCCUUGCAAUAACUCCUGCCCCAGGACAAGGGGACCAACGAUUCUGUAGUAGCCAGAGCAGUUAUG